CUUGACUGUUUCCGUAUUCUUGUUCAUACCUUUUACACAUAUGGACUCUAAAUUCUGGCAUGGUCAUCACUCGUCAGUAACUGCCACCUCAUUCCUGCGCUGUGUGUCUGUCUUCAUGCCUUGUCUGUCUCUGAUUCAACAGGCUGCUGCAGCUUCACCCCCACCCUUCUUACCAACUUUUCUGUUUUUCACCACAGCCCAGGAAAGGAAGUCAUUCAUCCACUUUUGCACUCCUACCUCCUCAGAUACAGACAUACAGGGCACACACUCAUUCUCUUUUAGUUAAUUAUCUCUAAUUGCAACCUUUACAACGAUACUUUAUCCACUCUAGAAUUAGUUUAACCUGCCUUGGAUAGAACUUUUUUGUCUCCCUUGACUCUUGAGGAAUCGUCUGGAUUGGGACAAUAAUGACCUCAGAGAUAAGAGAGAAGUGGAGUCGAAAUUGAUGAUUGUGGAGUGGAAUUUCGGGGUUGGAUUUGUGAGGAGAAGAAGUGCAGAGGAGGAGCAGGUGAUUGAAGGAGGACGGAAAGAGGAGGAGUAUGGGCUGCUCUUCUAUUUGGAUCUUUCUUGCAGGACUGUGGCGCAGGCAGACAUUGUGUUUUUGGUGGAUCAGUCAUGGAGUGUCGGUGAAACCAGCUUUUCCAGAGUCAAAGGCUUCAUCUCAACAAUCAUUUCCUCCUUUCAAAACAGUGUGCUUGGAGUUGAGGGAGUUCGCUUUGGAAUAACUGUCUUUGGAGAUGUUCCAAGAAUGAGGGUUGCUUUGACUGACUACAGCUCAUUUAAAGAGUUGUAUGGAGCCAUCAGAGAUCUCCCUUAUGAGGGUGGUUCCAGGAGGACUGGUAGUGUCCUCCAGUUUCUUGUGGAUUCUAUGUUCAGCCCGGUCAUUAGUCGAGAUUUCACCCCAAAGAUUGCUGUUUUGAUAACAAAUGGACCCUCAGAUGACCAAGUCGAGCCUGCAGCCAGAAUUGUAGCCGACAAUGGAAUUACACUCUUUGCAGUUGUUGAAGAGCAAAUAGUGGGUCCCAGAGACCUUCAGGUGAGUGAGUUGGCUCACAGCUCCCUCAGGCUUACAUGGAGCCAGGCCACAGGUGAUGUCACUGGAUAUCGCCUCCUGGUCACCCCUCUCAGCUCCAAAGGACACCUCCUCUCCCUGCAACAGAGGCAGAUGGAUCUGAAGGCAGAUGUGAGCACGGCCAUGGUGACAGAGCUGACUCCAAAGACAGAUUAUUCACUCACUCUCUACGCAAUCUACCCGAGCCUCAUAGGAGACUCCCCAACUAUCACAGUAAAGACAACUCCUUUGCCCAAGGUGUCAAACUUCCGUGUAACUGAGGCGGGUCUGUUCUCUCUGCGUCUUGGCUGGACACCUCCACUAGGGAAACUUAACGGAUUCAAGAUCUUCAUCCCAAGAUCCAAUAGGCCAGGAUUAACGUACGAGCAGCUGCUUCCUGGAGACACCUUCUCACAUGUGAUCGACAGCCUGGAGGAAGAUAAGAAGUACACCAUCAGUAUCUAUGCUGUUUAUCCCCAAGGACCAAGUGAACCAGUCUCAUUAGUCGGCAAGACACUAAAGUUAGUACCAGUCCAGCAGUUCCUGGUCCAGAACGCCACAACAGACACUGUCCAGGCAAGGUGGACCCCAGUCAAAGGUGCCUCAGGAUACCGUCUGACAUGGGCAUCCCAAGAUGGCCAUGUAGAAAACAUAAACCUUGGGGACAAUUUUAACUUUUACAUGAUCCAGGGACUUCACCCUGGCUCCGAGUAUACUGUCACCAUCAACCCCAUCUUUGGAGACACUGAGGGACCCAUCACCACCACCAAAGCCAAGACAUUGGAAAGUAGUGCUGUUCAAACUUUGAAGGUAUCUGCCGUGAGCACCAGUACAGCUAUCAUUUCCUGGAAUAGUGUUCCAGGGGCAACAGGAUACAGGCUGGCAUGGGGACCCACCCCAGAGUUUGUUGGUCGGGAUCGUCCCAGGCAGUUGGCUCUAAAUGGCAGCACCACAGAAUUCCAGCUGAAGAAUGUAGCUCAUGACACGGAGUAUGUCCUGACUCUGUAUGUGCUUUUUGGGUCUGUUGUCGGCCCUGGUAUCUCUGCUACCUUCAGAACUUCUCCUUUGGGUUAUGUGUCCAACUUCAAAGUGACAUCCUACACUAGUUCCUCCAUAGAUGUGGAGUGGAGUCCCAUAGUUGGGGCCACAGAGUACAAACUGUCCUGGAAAAAAGAUGAUACCAGCCCUCAGUCCCAGUACCUGGACCGCAGUAUCCUCUCCCACCAGAUCAUAGACCUGAUCCCACAGUCCACCUACACCAUCACUAUUUGUGCAGUGUACGGCAACUCAGAGGGACCAGAGAUCUCCCUGUCUCAACUCACAGCUGCGAUGUCAGACUCAGAGCCAAUCCAGGCAGUUAAGGAGGUGAAGGUUGUGGACAUUGGAGUGAAUUCCUUCACCCUGUCUUGGAAAAAUACACCAAGGGUUUCAGGGUACAAAAUCUCCUGGAUUCCCUUCCUUGGGGGUGACGAGAAGUCCCAAGUGGUGUCUGCAGCUUCAACUACAUUUAUAAUCGAGAACCUGCGGGAGAGCUCAGCUUAUAAGAUUCAGGUUUUCCCUAUCAUGGGCAACCGGGAGGGCAGUUCAGUCCUACUCACGGCACGCACCUUGGAUCUUCCAAAAGUAGAGGGAUUUGCUUCUCUGAACACAACGGACAGCAGCACUAUUCUGAACUGGACACGUGUUGUAGGUGUCUCUGGAUAUCUUGUCUCUUGGAGACACAUAUCAGUGUUGGAGACCAAAACGGAGACACUUGGGCCUGGCUUCUCCUCAUAUAAGAUUAGUGACCUCCUGUAUGGCAGAACAUAUAUUUUCACCAUCCGACCUUUGUAUGGAGAAGUAGAGGGGCCCAUAAGCACCAUAUACCAGAGGAUAUUGGGACAGGGUGACUUGUCAAAAGCCAGCACAUCUUUGCCAGCAACAGUAGCCCCUCAAUCGGUGCGUCUCACAACUGCCUCCCAGACUGCCUCCAUUAUCAACACUGUCAUCACUCAAUCAACCACCAGGGCUACUGAGCACCCCACUGUAAUGCCACCAUCCAAAUCCAUAACAACCAAGAAGCCUCCAGGUCGGCCAAGUGUCACUGAAGCUAGAGAAGCUGCAGUCACCUCCCUGCGACAAUCCACAGUGAGCACAAAGCAAACAGCUGAAACCCCACCAGUGUGUGGGAAGACCAAAGCUGACAUAGUGUUCUUAGUGGAUGAAUCUUCGAGCAUUGGAGUCAACAACUUCAUGAAGAUGAAGGAUUUCAUAUUUAGAGUGGUCACCUACUUCCCUAUUAUUGGUUCACAGGGAACACAGAUAGCCAUAGUUCAUUACAGUGACGAGCCUCGUAUUGAAUUCCGACUGAGUGACUUCAAAGACAGAAAUUCCUUGCUAAGGGGUAUCAGAGGGCUGAGAUAUGGAGGAGGCAAUACCAAAACAGGAAAAGGCAUCAGCUAUGUUCUGCAGGAGCUUUUCCAGGAGUCUUUGGGGAUGAGGCAGGAUGUGGCCCAUGUUCUGGUUCUGAUAACCGAUGGCAGGGCACAGGAUGAUGUGAUGCCACCAUCCAGAAUUGCACGUGCUUUGGGGGUCAGUGUUCUGACAAUCGGAGUUUCAAAUGCAGACAUGGAGGAGCUGAAAAAAAUUGCAGUUCCCACCAGCUAUAAAAAUAUCUUCUACUCCCCAACCUUUGAAGACUUUCCCUCCAUAGAGAGAGAAUUUAUUGGUAGCAUCUGUAGCGAAGAGCUUCUCUCAGAGUUCAAAUUGCAUGAUGAGUUUGCUCAGUUAGACACUCCAACUGAAGACCCAGAAGAGCUGCUCAAGCCUCAAGGUCCCUGCUCCUCCCACUGUGUGAAGGUUCAUGUCAAAAUCAUGAAUUACUUUAAAUAUAAUAGCAAUAUUAAAUGUUGUGCGUAUCAGCAGCUAAUGCUCAUGUUCUACGUCCAUUUUUGCAGGGUCAGAAAGGGGAAAAGGGAGAUGCUUUCAGCCGUGGAGGUCUGGUAUGUAGAUUUGUACAAAGCCCUGGACAGUAUGAUCCUUUCACAUCCUCCAAAGGAGAGAGAGGAGAAAGGGGAUCGCCAGGAACUGAUGGUGUUCCUGGGCUGCCAGGGCGACCAGGAAGAACUGGACCCCCUGGUUCUGCUGGCCAACGGGGACCUCCAGGCGUUCCAGGUGACAUGGGUCUUCCUGGACUUACUGGUUCAAAGGGACAAAGGGGAGAAAGAGUCGUGUUCAUCUUAUCAUCUAAUAUAUUUUCACUUUAUUUCUGUAUACACCAAGGGAGAGCCGGGGUAUGUCAUAGCAGGCACUGAUGCAAAUUUUGUACCUGGCCGAAAAGGAGAACCUGGAUCUUCAGGCCCCCAAGGACCACCUGGUGUGCCAGGGGUCAACGGAGCUCCAGGCCUUCCUGGCCAAGCAGGGCCACCAGGUCCAGCUGGAGUAUCUGUAAAGGGAGAUACUGGAGAGCCGGGAGUAAAAGGUUUACGGGGAAAGCAGGGCAUGAAAGGAGACAAAGGAGGGCCGGGAAUAGAUGGUAUCGCAGGUUUGCCCGGUCCCAUAGGCAUUGAUGGGGUCCCAGGACUGCCAGGUCAGAAAGGAAUGAAGGGUGAAGAAGGAAUUGGCAUUCAAGGUAUUCAAGGUCCUAGAGGGGAGCCAGGAGAGAAGGGGAAUGUUGGCUUUACAGGACUGGUUGGCCCAAAGGGGGAGCGUGGAGAGCAGGGCAUCCAGGGUAUUGUUGGACCCCGGGGGAAAAAAGGGCUCAAAGGGGAUAAAGGGGAGACGGGAAAUCAUGGAGAAAUUGGACCAAUUGGACCUCAAGGACCUCAAGGACUGACUGGGCCUAUGGGCCUCAAAGGAAACGAAGGUCCAAGAGGAAUCCCUGGAGAUCCUGCCAAGGGUAUAAUCGGUCCAACUGGAAAAAAGGGCGCCAGAGGGGAAAUUGGUCCAGUUGGUCUCACUGGCCCUCAGGGAAUAAAAGGAGAACAAGGAGACAAGGGAGAAAAGGGCAGUCCUGGAUUUGGGAUUCCAGGGCAGCAAGGGCCAAAAGGGGAGAAUGGGGAGAGGGGAAACGUUGGUUUAUCUGGAAAACCAGGCCCAAAGGGAAAAGAUGGAGCUAAAGGCGACAGAGGGAGUAUGGGCUUACCUGGGGAUCCUGGAGAACCAGGAUUAAGAGGUAAAGAUGGUACACCCGGAACCAAAGGACAACAGGGAAUGAAGGGUGAACAAGGACCAGCAGGUGAAACUGGUGAAAGAGGAAUAAGGGGCCCCCUAGGGUUACCAGGGCAACCUGGGGACCGUGGAGAAAAAGGGGAUACUGGGAAAUCUGGAAUGCCUGGUACUGAUGGGACAAAAGGUGAAAGAGGAGAGCCGGGGAAACCUGGCCCUCCAGGAACACAAAUCGUUGCAGACAACAACAUACUGACCAGAGUGAUUAAGGGCGAGCCAGGAGCGCCUGGUCAGCCUGGCUUAAGAGGAGAAACUGGUCUACCUGGACAAAGAGGCCCAGAGGGGAAGCCUGGGGUACCGGGAUCAUCAGUGAGUGGGUCUGGAGCUGAUGGUGUACCAGGAAAGCCAGGGAUAAAGGGUGACAAGGGACAAAAAGGAGACCCUGGUCUGAGGGGAGAGAAAGGAGACCAAGGUGGGCUUGGGAUCGCUGGAAUUCCUGGUUUACCUGGAACUCCGGGGAGAUCUGGCGUUGAUGGAAAGAGAGGACUGCCAGGAAAAGACGGAGAAAAGGGAGCUAAAGGAGAUGACGGCAAAACGGGUGACAAGGGAGAUGCAGGUGUAAAUGGUAAAGAUGGCAGUAAGGGGGAACCAGGACUCCCAGGAUUGCCUGGAAAACAAGUCCUUGUAACUCCUGAGGGUGCCACAAUUGAUGAAAUCCGACAAGCAUUUCCAAUCCCAAUGGGUCCUCCGGGAGCUACUGGCUCACCAGGGAUGAAGGGUGAUAAAGGAGAAAGUGGCCUGAAAGGCGAGAAGGGUGAUGCUGGAGAUCCUGGAAAGUCUAUAGAGAUGAAGGAUAUUGAGGUUAUGUUUGAAACCUAUGGAAUAAGGCUGCCUUUGCUGAAGGCUUUGAUUGACAGGCUGCUGCAGGAUGGAGUAGAGGAACUGCUUCAUGUGCUCAGCACCUCCAAGAAAACAAAAGAGACUCACACCUCUAACGUCAUUACAGAGCACACGAAGAGCUCGGUGAAGUAUGACCUCAGCGGUCAGCCACUGACAGAGUUGAACAACCUUGGAAACCUUGAUUUAGAGGCUCAGCUUCCUCAAUCUUUGUCCACUAAUCCUUUAAAUAAAACUGCAGAGGGUCCAACCUUAUGGACCGUCACUACGCUGGAUGAAGAGGAGGAUCUCAACCAGAUUGAGUCUAAAUCAAAGGGGAAGGAAACUGUAGAACGGAAUAAGGAUGAAGUGUCAUCACUCAAAAUGAAUCUGACUUCAGUCAAUUCUACUGUCAACUAUACCACAAUUGGGGAGACAGUUUCAGAGUUCCCUGAAACUGUAAUGGAGACUGUUCUCCUCACAAAAGAAGACCCAAUGAAGAAGAUUUCAUCACCAAAGAAGAAGAACAGGGAACGUGGGAAAGGAAAAGGAAAUAAAGGACGACAUAAGAGGCAGAGGCAACGCCUGGUAACUGAAGACAACAAGUAUGAAGAACAAGAAGAAGAAGAAGACGGACAAGAGGGCGAAGAAGAGUUUUAUAAUGGUGAAGACUACAGUUAUGAAUAUGAGGAAGAACUUUCCCCUGGUGAUCCAGCAGAGUCUAAGAAGAGGGCUGAGAACACAGAGCUUGAAGUCCAGCCCAAUGAAUCCUUUACUGCGAUGGGUAACAUGGAAGGACAAUUGCCCACAGACAUUCCUGGCCAGUUUGAGUUCUCCAGUCACGCUCUCACAUCAGACAGAGAAACAGAUGCAGAGGGAAUUAUAAAUGAGAGUAUCCUGACAACAAUAGAACCACCUUCUCAAACUACUGAUGACAUAAAUGAGGGUGAGGUAACACUGCCCAUUCCCCCAACUGCAGCAGAAGAAGCAGAUAAGUAUCAGUCCUCGGGAGCUCAAGGUUACAACACCCGGAGUAGCAUAAAGAAUGAUAACCCCAACUUCCAAACAAAUAGUCAAAGGGAGAGUCAGGAAGGUGGAGGGAAACAAGGAUAUAGUAAUACAGAAAGAGAGACUCUUAUAGAAAAACAUGAUGAAGAAGAGAGAGAAAUGGAAGAAGGGGAAAAAGUUGACUCAGACGGAUAUUCAGAAACAGAACUUGAUCCAGUCUAUGAGGAAGAGGAGAGGAGUGGAGACUAUGAAUGGGAGACGGAGGAAGAUCUUGAUCGCGAGGGAGAAGGGGAGGAGGAGGAAGAGCUGGUGCUGGAGAGCCAAAGAGAGAGGGAACGAUUGGAGAUGGAGAGAGAAAGAGAGGAGCUGGAGAAAGAAAAGGAGAAUGAAUUGGAGAUUGAGAGGGAGAAAGAAAUGGAGGUGGAGAAGACAGAGCGGGAGCCAGAGAGAGAUAUAGAGAGGGAGAGGGAGGAGUGGGAGAGGAUGAGAGCAGAGAUGGAGAGGGAGCGAGGGGGAGGUUACAAUGAAGAAACUGGGCAGCCAUACCCCUAUUCUCCAGGGUAUUUUUUACUUAAGGGACAACAAGGUGAGAAUGGAAAACCAGGAACAAAGGGGGAAAUUGGUGAGAAAGGACAAAAGGUAAAACUGCAGGAGAGCCAGGCAUCGGUCACAGAGGUCCAGAGGGUCAGGCAGGUCCUCCUGGACAGAAGGGUGAGCCGGGUGAGCCAGGGCCUCCUGGUGCUCAGGGCAUCCAGGGUAUCCAUGGGAAUCCAGGUAUUCAUGGAUCUCCAGGACUCAGAGGUCCCCCGGGAGACCCUGGAGAGCCAGGCAGAGAGGGUGAGCGGGGGAAAAAAGGGAAGAACGGAACACCAGGUGGUCCAGGACCUCGCGGUGCCGCAGGACCAGAUGUAUGACUUUACACAUCAUCUUGUAGGUUUCCCUGGUGUGCCAGGAGUAAAAGGAGAAAAGGGUGACAGUAUUCCAGGUGAGCCUGGAGCCAGAGGACUGCCUGGUAUCCUGGGGAGACGAGGUGACAAAGGCACUCCAGGAGUUAAAGGGGUUCCUGGUCAUAUUGGUCCCAAAGGUGUACGUGGAAGCAAAGGUGAAAAGGGAAAUCGUGGGUUGCCAGGAAUCAGAGGAGACAGGGGAAGUGUUCUUCAAAUUCAAGGACCUCGGGGAUUCAAGGGCUCCAAAGGGGAGGCGGGAGAGCGGGGUCCUCCCGGCUUUGAUGGGGAUAAAGGAGAGAAGGGCGAGGAUGGUCCUCCUGGAGUUAAGGGCCUUAAAGGUGAUGCAGGCACUAAGGGUGCGCUGGGGCGCUUUGGAGCACGGGGGCCAGUUGGCCAAAAGGGGGAUCCAGGAGUGCCAGGACUUAACGGAGUGAUGGGACGCAAUGGAGACAAUGGAAAGGAUGGGGCCAAAGGGGACACUGGAGAUGUGGGUCUGCCAGGCCAGAAGGGCAGUCAGGGGGAUGCUGGGGAACCUGGUUUACCGGGUGACAAAGGGGAAAAGGGCGAGAAGGGCUUCAGAGGUUUUCCUGGAGGCAUUGGGAGUCCUGGUCAAGAUGGACAACAGGGAGAUGCAGGUUUACCGGGCAGCCCAGGCAUACCAGGACUGAAUGGAUUCACAGGACGCAAAGGGGACAAAGGAGAAGAGGGAAUGAAAGGUAUUGAUGGUGAUCCAGGAGAGAAAGGGGGAAAGGGUUCAACAGGUUUCCCAGGUUUUCCAGGUUUUAAAGGGUCAGCAGGAAGCCCAGGAAGGGUUGGAGUCAAGGGACCACCAGGACCACCAGGUGCUCGUGGGGACACGGGGCCUAAGGUGGAGGAAGUGAAGGAGCUUGUCACCCAGGAGAUGGUAGAAAAAUGUGGUGUGGAAUACAAGUUCAUCGUAAAGUCUGUGGAUCCAGAUGCAUCAACUCCUGUAACUGGGAAUACAAAUAAACCAAAAGAAAAAGCGAUCUCCGACCGCAAUGACCCGCCUGAAAAUAGGAUGGCAGAAAUAGAUGGAGAUGUUGAAGGGGAAAGUGAUAGAAUGACAGUUCCUGCUGUUUGGGAACUUGAAGAAGAAAGGAUGUUAACAAACCAGACUGAUUCUCAAAAAGGACAGGACGUGGAGUGGGGACGGAGAAAGAAAAGAAUGUCAUUUGGGAAAAAGCAUUUUGUCUCAGCAACAGGCCGCUGCCUGGAGCCCAUGUCGGAGGGGGCCUGUUCAGACUACGUCCUGCUCUGGUACUUCCACGGCCAGUCGGGGGAAUGCAGACCGUUUGUGUACGGAGGCUGUGGCGGCAACCAAAACCAGUUCUCCUCCAGACAGGAGUGUCUGAGUUGGUGUGGGAUGGAGAGAAAAGUGUCAGAUCACACGAGAAAUGUCCCUUCGAACAGCUGAUGUAGUGACUGAAAAAUCCAACCCAUAUGGAGAUGCAUUAUGGAAACAUUAUGGAAACUUAUUCUGAAGUCCUGAAAAACAGUCAUUCUUGUACAUAACUUUGUAAAAAUAUAACAGCUUUGCAUUUUCAUUGCUUGUAUUUAUAGUUUUUAUGAGAACAGCUGUUUUUUUUACUUGUUCUACAGCAAAGGUUAGAGAUAUUUUGACCAAAACAAAAUGAUUCUUUUGUGUUUGCAUAUUUCUCUUUUUUGUGAUUUG